CAAACAAAGCAAAUAGGUAGGUUUCUGCGACAAGAGGCAACUACAGAACAGAGCCUCCGCUCACCUCCAGAUCAAGUAUAGGCCAUCGGCACAACGCUCAAAACAGCAUCUCCACCACCUCUUGCCUUUUUUCGAUAUUUGUGGCACCUGAAAAAUGGCCGACAUCACAGAUCAGCACGACCAAACAUCACCGACCGAACUCGACGAGUCGCAAGGCAAUGGCAAUCCCGCCGCCGCCCCCGAGAAUCGCGGCAUAAAGCGCCAGCGGCCAAGCACUGCCGACGAUGACGACGACGAUGAUGAGAAGGGCGGCCGCGAGCGCCGCAAGAUUGAGAUCAAGUUCAUCAGCGACAAGUCGCGUCGGCACAUCACUUUCUCCAAGCGGAAAGCCGGCAUCAUGAAGAAGGCUUACGAGCUGUCUGUUCUCACGGGCACACAAGUCCUACUUCUCGUCGUGUCGGAGACUGGUCUGGUCUACACGUUUACGACACCCAAGCUCCAGCCGCUUGUCACGAAGGCCGAGGGCAAAAAUCUCAUUCAGGCUUGCCUUAACGCCCCGGAGCCAGCCGCAGGGAAUGAGAAUGGUGUCGACGAUUCGAAUCAGGUCGAGUCACCCGAAGAGCCCGCCAACGCGCAUCUCCCUCCUCAACAGACACGGCCGGGCAUGCCGCCGAACCAUAUGCCUCCCAACUACAUGGCAAAUGUUCCCAUGGAUCCGCUUGCGUACUCGAAUUACGUGCAACAAACUCGAGGCGCGCCGCAGUACUCGAUGCCCCAGCCAGGCCUCCAGCAACACACAUCUCACCAGUCAUAAUGUCCCACUUCUGCCGUGGCUUUGCCUUACGCGCUGAUACCCAGCUUAAUGCGUUCGUGAGACAACGUUUACUCUAUCUGGGCAUCGUCUUUGACGCCCCAUAAUCUGCGAGGCUUUGGUGGCCAGGCGUUUCGAUGCGGUAUUAGGUGCACGUUCCAUCCUUUUAUAACAUUUACCCGGUCCUUACUCGUUCUUACUCUUCUUG